AUGGAUUCAGAUUAUGUAUAUACCUUCUCUUCAGACGAGGGAACCGACGUUGACGAGGCAUACGAUCGCCAUGUGAGAGAGGAAUAUUUGCGGUCAAGUUCAUCGGACGUGGUCGUGGACGUCUCUAGCUCUGCCGAGGAAAGACCGACAAUUGCGAAGAGACGACGCAACGCCAACGAGGAUCUCCCCUCUACGUCUCGGGCUGCCAUCGCUGGAUCUGGAGCAGGCACACAGAGCCAGAAGAGAGGUCGAGGACGAGGACGAGGACGAGGACGAGGACGUGGACGAGGACGAGGUCGAGGACGGGAAGUUGAGUCGAACGACGACUCGGAACCCCAAAGACAGGGAGCCACACAGCAAGCCAAACGCGGGGCCAAACGUGGCAAUCGUGGCAAACGGGCUGGACGUGGUGCCAGCACUGUUGCUGGGAUGGCCACAUCAGGCCGAACUCAGACGAAUGAUAGGGAACGUAUUCAAGCACUCCGGGAUGCGAGGGAGACCAGGUUGACGGAAGACAUUUCAAAAAUGACUUAUAAGGAGAUUCAGGAUCUACUCCUGAUAAACGUGAAGAGACGUCCUGGGAUGGUGUUCGACCUCCUCUACCCACCACCAGACUACGUGCCCCCGCCCCAGGCUGAUCUACCUUGGUGCAGAUGUGGACGAUGUAGAGACAUGCCUACAGAUGUAGAAAGGCUAUGCUGUGGGCAACGUCCCGAGGACUGCCGAAGUCAGCAUGCGAUCUUCCAGCUCAUCGUCGAUGAAGUGGCCCUUCUGAUCCAACGGGCCAUGUGGAAUGACGCUUAUAAUUUGGAAGAGGAGCCACAGGAGCCAGGAGAGGAAAAUCGAGCCAUGCGCCAUGCAGCAUAUAGAUGUUUUGUCUUCUGGCAACAUGGACGGCUAGGGCAAGGCAACAGACGGGUUAUCCCAAGCUGUUGUGUGUCAGAGAUCCGAGGGAUGUACCCUAGUGCCACAGGUAUAUACACAGGGUACAUCCCUGGGAGGUUUGUUUGACAUUUCUAAAGUGGCACACUUCAUAUCGGGAUAACUGGUCUGUUACUUUGCUCUAGCCAUAGACAUACUUAUACUGGUAGUUCAAAAGCAGAUUUUUUAUUGUAGUAUACAACAUAAAUUUAAAUAUAACAACUGAUAUGUUGCCUAUUUGUCUUGCCUUGUUGGAGAAACCAAAUUUGUAUGUGUUGGUACUUAUACUGUUCGCUGUCUUACCCACAUAAACCUGUUUCAUACCUGUAUAUAUUACACAAGUUUGUUAUACACUUUCUAAUGUUUAUGUUCACUUUUUAUAAUGUCUUGUUCCAAACAUGAACUGACAUAAAAGUGUAUUAAGCAUUUGUUAUAUAAGUUUGUCGUACUUUUUCACACCUUGAUGUUUAUGAAGCUAACUUCAAGUAUUUCUACAUUUUUCAUUAUUAUACAUGUAUAUUGAAAUUAAAAUGUAAGUGGCACAUGAAAUGACAAAUUUCUGAGAAACAGUAAUUUUUUAACUUGAACGUCUAGUUUUUAAUCACAGUUUCUUUCGUAUUACUCCUUUAUAUAUAAUACCAAUCAAAUUCUCCUGGUUACAAUGUGAAAAACAGCAUCUUUGUAAAUUAUACAAUGGAAAGUUCAAAAUGAAAGCUCUAUCCGAUAAGUUUGUUGUACUUUUUCACACCUUGAUGUUUAUGUAGCUAUCUUCAAGUAAUUCUACAUUUUG